UCUCAAAAAAAAGGAAACCUGGGUCCUUGUCAUCACUGACAGAUCUUGAGAGGCAUCCCAAGAUGGACUUUCCUUAGCAAAAAAAGCCAAGGAUUGUGGGCCACAGUGAGGUUUGCAACGUUCCCCUAACUGUGAUUACAGAAGUAAGACUUAGUUCAGUUCUUUAACUUGUUGGUUGUAGAAUGUUCUGCUGCAGAUGGGGCUGCAUGUGCUGGCAGUGAAUGGCAUGCUGAUCCGCGAGGCCCGGAGCUACAUCUUGCGCUGCCACGGCUGUUUCAGGACAACAUCUGACAUGGGCCGAGUGUUCUGUUCACAUUGUGGGAACAAGACCCUGAAGAAAGUGUCUGUGACCAUCAGUGACGAUGGCACCCUGCAUAUGCACUUUUCCCGCAACCCCAAGGUGCUGAAUCCUCGGGGCCUCCGGUACUCACUUCCUGCUCCUAAAGGUGGCAAAUACGCCAUCAACCCCCAUCUCACCGAGGAUCAGCGCUUCCCUCAGCUGCGACUCUCCCAAAAGGCCAGGCAGAAAACCAAUGUGUUCGCCCCUGACUACAUAGCCGGGGUCUCCCCCUUUGCUGAGAAUGACAUCUCCAGCAGGUCGGCUACCCUGCAGGUCCGGGACAGCACCCUAGGAGCUGGGAGGAGACGUUUAAAUCCCAAUGCUUCCAGAAAGAAGUUUGUGAAGAAAAGGUGAGGUGCGAGCUCCUGCAGGCAAACCGGAUGGCUGUUGUGGUUGCUGAGUAGCUCUGGUGUCUUGUUCCCAGCUGUGUUGUCUCCAGAACCUUCUGGAUGGAAACAAUAGGCCGGCUUCACAGUGCUGCCUCGUGACUUGCCGUGUGUUCGGUUGGAUUUGUGGUGACAAUGGACUGUCCCUUGGCCUGUGAGCAUCCAGAGAGCUGGGACUUGCGCCAUGUGAAAGAGAAUUUGAUGAAAACAGAAAGAACAAUGCCCUGGAGCAAGUCUUUAGCCUUUAAAGAAAGGAAUUUCCAAAUGAUAAUAUUUUUCUAAUAAAUGUGGUUGCAGGCUUCUGUGUUUGCCCAAACUUU